GACCCCGAACACAACACAACAGGGUCCGAAAACUCAACCCGGGGGCAGGCAGAGGGUGGGGCCAGAUGUCACGUGAUGCCGCGCAAGCGUCGACGGGAGGGAAUCGGCUGCUGGACGCGGGUACCAAACAACCAAACCCGAUUGCAGUCCAGUCCAGUCCGACUCAGAGCGAGCCUAUAGAACAGAGUAGCCUAUAGGAUUUCCAAGGAGCGCCUGGUGGAUUAGAAUUGCCGACCUUUGGGUUAGCAGCCAUAACUCUUAACCACUACGCCACCAGGGACGCGGGUAGGAGGAGAGAAUGUGGGGCAAGUUGUCACGUGAUUCCGCACUGGCCGAGGCUGGAAGGCGUUGGCUGGAGCGCAGCGUGCGGUGGCCUGAGGCGAGUGGGACUCGGCCAGGGGGCGCGCUCCCGCGUCUCACAGAACCUGGUUGCGUCAGGCGAUUUCACCGAAGUGGACGAGAGACAUUUUAACCUGGGGAAUUGUGUGGUGGGGCAAGGGGCAGGCAGGUUUGGCGUUAGUUUUUGACUGAAUCCGGAGAAGGAUUGCCCGUCCGGCAUUUAGGUGGCGAGGGAAGUUAGGGAGGGGAAGGAAUAACCUAUUUAUCUUUCAGAAUAAGCAGCAGUGACUAAUGUUUGGAGCUCUGGUGGAACAGUGGUUAAGCGUUAAGGCUGCUAAUCCAAAGGUCGGGCAGUUCGAAUCCACCGGCCGCUCCUUGGAAACCCUAUGGGGCAGUUCUGCUGUGUCCUGUGAGGUCUCUAUGAGUCAGAAUCGACUCGUAGGCAAUGGGUUUUGGUUUAAUUAAUGUUUACUUAGUGUUUAAUGAUGUGCUAAGUGGCCUUUUGCAAACGUCAUCUCAUUUAACACAACAAUUUUAAGAAGUAGGCACUAUUCAUUUCCAUUUUACAAAUGCAAAAAAAAAAAAAAGGAGACUUGCCCACAUCCCAGAGCUAUGUGAACCCAGCUGGUCCGCGUCUGGAGCCGUGUUCCUUUCCGACUUGCACCAACACUUGCCCACCGUUUGGGGGACACUCACCAGGGAGCUGCCUUCUCGUCUUUGGGCUGCCCAGCUACCCAGAUUGCCCAAGAUGUAAGGGACUUAUUUUCCGUAACGAAGCCUUUUCUAAUCUGCCCAGCAACUCUGCCCCAGUAUUAACUAUCACUCCCCAUUAAGAAAAAAAAAAAGUUAUAAUUUCACUAAAAGAAAAUGCACAGAUCCUAAAUGGGUCAUUUUCAUCAAAUGAGGACAAUUGUGGAACCCUGUAACCACUAUACCAAAAAAGGUGUAGAACAUACACCUCAGCUUACUCUUUUCUAAACAAAUGAGAAAUUGACACAGUGGAUGCUUAUAGUUCUGAAAUGUGGAACAACAAAUAUAUUAACAUUCAAUAUAUUUGAAUAUAUUUCUGAAGAAAAGGCAUCUGCAAUUAAUUUAUUAAAUAUAUGUAUUUUACAAGUCAGCAGUUUAAUAUACCAGAUUUGUUGAAAGACACCUGUAUACGUGUGGAAAAUUUUUUUUAUCUUGUGUCUCAAAGAUGUACUUUUACCUACAGCAUAUGUAGGUAAAUCUUUAAAGUAUAGCAAAAGUUACGGGAAUGCAAGGAGGAAGGGGAGAGUUAUGUUGGCUGGGAGAAGCUGGGAAAGCUUAAAAGAGAUCCUUAAAUGAUUGAUAGAAUGAGGUAGAUGGAGAUAGAAGGGUAUUCUAGAUAAUACUUAGAGCAAAGACUUGGAAAUAGAAGAAAUGCAGUGUUUAAUUUAGGGAUAGAGGUCAAUCAUAUGUUUUGGGGGCAUCAGGUUUGAGAAGAUGUACAGGUUGAAAAAGUAGGUAUGGCUAAGUUAACCAUUUUGUAAAUUCUUUUUCAGGGUGUUUAAAAUUCAAGAGUCUCCCUUUUUUAAAUGUGGCUUUUAUCCACUUGGACGUGCUGUGAGGCAAAUUGUAUUUUCUUAAAGCUUAAUAAAUGAAAGCUUGUAACCUAGUCAACCUGUGAAAGGUGCCAUGUUAGUCCUUCCCCCAAUGUGGUAGUUAUAAAGGGGUGUCACUGUAGUCACAAUGUUACAAACUCUGUUGUCACUAGAUUGGAAAAUGUCACAUAUGACUAACAGGUGAUUUCAGUUUCUUUUUAGUAUACGAUCCUAAAGGUUUACAUGCCCUUUAAUUAUGCUUGUUUUCAUUGAAGAAGAUGUCAAAUUCAGAGAAUGAAGAUUUUCCAGAAAUGACUUUGAGCUAAAGAACACUUUUUAAAUUCAACAAGUAAAUCUACAUUUUAUGUAUUGUUUAAAAUUUGGCUGAGAAGUAAAAGCUUACUAGUCUUCAUUUCUUCAAGUAUCUGCUUUUAUUGCAAUCGGACUGUACACCGUGGGCAAAGGUUAUGUAUUUUGGCUCACAGCCACAUAGCUGGGUUGAAACUCUGAAUGAAUUGGAUUGAAAUGGACCUGUUUAGUCAGUAAGUAUCAAAAGUCCCUAGAAAGCCAAAUUGUGGGGGUGGCAUUAUUUCUUCUGAGGUGGUAUUGAAACAGUGAUAUGCUGCAGAGAUAAAGAUGAACUGUCCUUCAUAUAAGUUAUACAGUGAUGUGGUUAUUGAAAGAGGUGUUGGCCCUCUUUAUGAGAGCUGCUGUAUUUUUUAGUUGGCUAGUAUAGGUUUCAUUCCAGUUGUCUUUAUGUUCUGCCUGACUAAAUUAGAAAUAUAGAAGUUGCCAUAUCAGAUUUUUUGAAUCUCAUGUUCUGCUAUGAAAACAAUUUCUAAGUUCCUUAGAAAUUAUUCUUCCCAUCUUGGAAAACUUGACUCAGAACUUACUGUUUUCUUGAUCUAUGCUGGGUAAAAGAAACUCUCUUUAUGGAUAGAAAGGUUAAGAAAUACACACCUGGAGUGUUCAGUAUUAUAGUCUGUAAUUUUAAGAAAAUGAUCUACGUUCAAAACUGGUUUAAGUGGAAUUUUAACUCAGCUACUGCAUUAUAGACAAGAGUUUUACUUCUCCGAACAUGUUAUUAGAUUAUAAAGUUUUUCUGAGAAGACUCAGUGGAAGAUAAAGAUUUUUACUUACUGUUUAAAGGUCUAGUAUCACCUUCUUUAGGAAACCCUGGUUAAGUGCUACGGCUGCUAACCAAAGGGUUGGCACUUCGAAUCCGCCAAGUGCUCCUUGGAAACUCUAUGGGGCAGUUCUACCCCGUCCUAUAGGGUCGCUAUGAGUUGGAAUUGACUCAAUGGCACUGGGUUUGGUUUUUUUUGGUUUUAUCACCUUCUUUGUAAUUUUGACUGUAAUUCCCCCCUCCCGUUUAUCUUUCACCAGAAAAAAGUAAUACAUUAUAGUUCCAGUCCAUCUCAAAUCUGUAGACUGCUAUGCCUACCUGUCAUAUAAGAACAAUUAUCAGUGAUCUCUGCUGUUCCCCUCCUGACUUUGUCAUGUAUUGUUGUGGUUAUGAACCCAGGCAUUGGAGACAAACAGACCUUAUUCUUAGUGAUGAUUCACCUAAAUACCUAGCAUCUCUAAGCCUCAGUUUUCUGAUAUAUAAAAUAAGGCCAAUAAUAUCCUUCUCAUAAGGAUUUGGGACAAUUAAAUGAAAUAAUGUAUGCAAAGCAUUUAACAUGUAGUAAACAGUAAUGAAAAGCCCUGGUGGCGCAAUGGUUUAGAGCUAUGGCAGCUAAUCCAAAGGUCGACAGCUUGAAUCCACUAGCUGCUUCUUGUCAACCCUACGGGACAGUUCUACUCUGUCCUACAGGGUAGCUACGAGUUGGAUUUGAUUUGAUGGCAAUGAGUCUUUCGGUUUAAACAGUAGUGAUAGCUACUACUGUUGCUAUUUAUUUUUCCACAACAUAUGCAAUGCUUAUUUUUCUUUAGAUAGUAAAGCUUAAGGAAUUACACUUUUUAUCAUGAUGUUAGAACAGGACUUGGAUACAAAUUAAACAUAUCUAGUAUAACCAUAUUAAGGAAUUCUGUCAAUAUUUUUGUAUCUUCUGUUUCUGUAGAAAAUAUUUGAAACCUAGUAUGUUAGAUUUUAGAACUGGCUUUUACUUCCAACUGAAAAUAUUUUCCAUUUGAUUUCCACAUGGCUAAUAUACCCUUCCACCUUCUCAGUGAGGCUGGCACAUUACAACCUGUGAUGUGCCUACCUCUACUAAAUGCCCAUUUUUUUUUUUUUUUACCACAGUCUGUUUUCCCCAAACUUAUCACCUUUUAAAAAAAUAAUGUAUUAUUUUUAUUGUUAAUUAAUUUUUCUUUCUCUGCUGGGAGGUAAGUUUCACCAGGGCUGGGGUUUUUGUCAUUUCUGCUACUUGAUAUAUCCCAGAAACCUAAAACAGAACAUGGUAGAUUCUAAGUAAACAUUUAAUUAAUGCAGUCAAACAGAACCUUUUGAUUAAAUCUCAUCUUCCUAAACUCUUGCUUAGGUUGGACAUGAUGUCUUUCAUAUUAAAUAAGAAACUUACUUGGAAGUUUAUGGCCUACUAGAUUGGAAAAACUCAGGCUGUAAAAUUAUCUUUUCUGUCUUGUCGACCACAACAUUCUUGGCAGGGAAAGUAGUGAUAAUGAACUUUUGUUCUAUCCUGUAAGAAGAGUGAAAUAUCUUUUAACAUUAUUCUGAAGACUUUUAAACAAGAUAUUUAUAAGGGAUAAAAAAUGACAGGAACACUGUAAGUAUUAGUGUAUGUAUUUGUAUUUAGUAACACCCCAACCCGGUUUUUAAAGUAAUAAAUGUUCUUUGUAGAAAUUAUAGAAAAGAAUGAAGAAGAAGAAAUAAUAUGUAACCACUGUUAAUAUUUUUAGUAUUCCAACCAGUCACUUUCUCUUUGCAUUUUCAAAGCUUUGAGGUCUUACUAUAUAGUACUGUUUCACUUAACACUAUACAAAGUGAAGUCAGAGAUUAUAAACUCAAAUGGUCACAAGGGUCAUACAGGCAAGUUUAUAAUUAUAGCUAACAUUUAUUGAGCCCUAGUUGUAUGCCAGGUACUUUUCGCAGGUUUUACGUGUUUUAUCUUACUUAAUCUUCACUACAGUCCUAUGGGAUACAUACCAUUAUCUCCUUAUUUCAGGUGAAGAGAACAAGGCACAGGAAGGUAAAAUAACAUGCGUAAGGAUACCCAAAUAGUAGGUUGCUGCAUGAGCAUUGAGACCCAGCAAUCAAGGUGAGUGAAGUGGGCUGGGGGCCAAUGUGGGGAACUGGAGAAAGCACACCCAUCUACAGGAGGCAGCCAUAGCUUAUGAAGGAAUGCUAGUCUAGUGUAUCAAAUAUGUCAGCCUUUUUAUAGCAGCCAGAAAUCGAAAUUUUUUUGUGAAAUAUGGACUGUUAGAAAAAUGAAAACACUGUUGAGUCAAACAAAUUUUGUCCACAGACUGGAUUCAGUCUACGUCUAUAAAAUAGGCAUCAUAACAGUAGUAUUUCUUGAGCUGAUGGAAGAAUUAAAAGGGGUAUUUUACAUAUAACAUUUACUUUGGUGCCUCACAUAAUGCUAAAUAAAUAUUAGCCACAAUUAGUAACAAACAGUUCAUUCAGUCAUCAAAAUUCUUUGUAGGCAUCAUUUUCUAUUUUUAUUUUAUUAAAUUAUAUAAAUAAAACAUUAGUACAUAUCUGUCUUAAAAAAUCAAACAAUAUAGAAGUAUAUUAAGUCAAUGAUUAAAGUUGUAUUUUACCUCAUUCCUCUCUGCAUAUAUAAUUAAAAACUAUAAAUGGUGUAUUUAUCCUUCUGGCACUUCAUUUUUUCACGUAAUAAGUCUUGGACAUCUUCCAAAGUCAGCUCAUACAAAGCUGCUUCAUUCUUUUUAAAGGUUGUGUUUAGUAUGGAUGUACCAUAAUGUAUUGAACCAUGAUUCUCUGUUGCCGUUUAGGUAGUUUUCAAUUUCUUGCUAUUCUGGAAAGGUUCUGCAGUAAGUAGGUAUGUGCACAUUUGUGGAUAUUUCUCUAGGCUAGAUUCCUAGAUGGAACUUCUGGGCGAAAGCAUAUUAAGAUUUUUCAUAGCUAUUGCACUUACACCUUUGUUAAAUAUACAUAUAUAUUUUUCCCCAUUCAGCAAUUUCUGUGCAUAUUGUUCAGUGACAUUGGUUACGUUCUUCACAUUGUGUCAACAUUCUCCUUAUUUCCAUUCUAGUUGUUCCGUUCCCACUGACUUCAUCUUACUGUCCCCCAACCUUCUCAUCUGUGUUUUAGAGUAACUGUUGUCCAUUUGCUCUCAUGUAGUUAAUUUUUUAAAGGAGCAUAGUACUCAAGGGUGACAUUUUUUACUUUUUGAGUUAACCUGGUAUUUAGUUAAAAGGGGACUUCAGGGGAUAGUUUCAGUUUAAGGUUUAAAGAAUAUCUCAGGACAAUAGUCUUGGGCACUUCUCCAGCCUAAUAAAAACCAAGAUUAAACCCGUCGUCACUGAGUCAAUUCUGACUCAUAGCGUAAACUGGGGUUCUUUGAGAAUUUCAAGUUCUGUUCCACAUUUUUCUCCUUUUCUAUUAGGAUUUGUUUGCUGUAACCUUGAUCAGGACAUUUGGUAGUGGUAGUUGGACACUGUUAAAUAUAGCUUCAUAAUAUUUCAUUAUAUGAAUGUUCCAUUAGUUUACCAUUUCCUCAUGUUGACACAUUUAUGUUGUUUCCAAUCUUCUUGGCAUUAUAAAUGGUCCUGUGAUAAAUAUCUUUGUGAAUAGGUUCUGUUUUAAACAAGUAAGUAUUCUGAGGCCAAGCUGUCACCUAGUAAGUAAAUUUCCAAGACUUUAUCGUUAUUAUUGUAAGCACUAUGUUUGAUAAUAAUAUAUCAUUUUUAGAAAAAUGAGGGCUUUGAUAAAGUCAUGGUCUAGGGUUUGUAAUAUUAUAUUCAAGAUUUUUAGAAACUUAUAUAUGCUUCAUUUUAGGUAUUGUCAACUGUAAUGAAGAUCAUUGUGAAACAGAAGACUGAAUAAAGCCUUAUAACAUUGGACCUGAAUUCGAGAUUUUGAAAAGAAAAUUAAAUUUUGGUUACUUUGGGCUUAGUGUUCCAAUUUCAUAAUAUUUAUUCUUUAAUUAAAUAGACUUAGUGAGUAGAAACUAAAAUUCUGUCCUAUACCAAAGGUUGCACUAAUAUUUGUUCUAGCGUUUUUUCCCUUACUAUACAAGAGAGAAAGUAGAUAACUGAGAGCUAUAGUGAUUCAUAAUGAAAUAUACUAAAUGGAAUUUUAUUAUGUCAGUUCUUGGCAUCUUUAUCUAUAUAUUUGAUUUGAUUGUGGACACCUGGGUGUCUGUCAAGUUUUUCUGUGAAGGACAAUAUGUUUUCGGUGUUUUAACAGUAAUCUUUAUACUCUUUGGAACAUUUGUGGUCCAGUGUUUUAGUUAUUCUUGGUUCAAGGCCGAUUUGGAGAAAACAGGCCAAGAAAAUCAUCAUCGUUUUCUUCUACUUCACUGCUUGCAAGGAGGAGUUUUUAUAAGGUAUUGGUUUGCCUUGAAAAAGGGUUACCAUGUGGCUUUCAAAAAUAGCAGCAAAACUAAUAACUUCAUGGAAGAACAAAUUGAUCUACAUAAAGAAGUUAUAGAUAGAGUGACUGAUUUGAGCAUGCUCAGGCUAUUUGAGACCUACCUGGAAGGCUGCACCCAGCUUGUUCUUCAGCUCUACAGCCUCGUGGAACAUGGUCAAGGGAAUUUCAGUCAGUAUGCAGCCAUCAUGGUCUCUUGCUGUGCUAUAUCGUGGUCAACUGUUGAUUAUCAAAUAGCUCUAAGGAAAUCCUUGCCUGAUAAAAAGCCCUUUAAUGGACUCUCUCCCAAAUUCACGUAUCUCUUUUACAAGCUGUUUACAUUAUUAUCGUGGAUGCUGAGUGUUGUACUUCUAAUAUUCUUAAAUGUUAAGAUGGCUUUACUUCUGUUGUUAUUUCUUUGGUUUUUAGGUAUAAUAUGGGCAUUUAAAAACCAGACUCAGUUUUGUGCUUCAGUAGGUAUGGAAUUCUUAUACAGGAUUAUUGUUGGAUUCAUUCUGGUCUUUACAUUUUUUAAUGUUAAGGGACAGAAUACCAAAUGUCCAAUGUCUUGUUAUUAUAUUGUAAAGGUACUGGCCACAUUGUCCAUAUUGAUUGCAUUCUGGGUCUGCCCACCCUCUAUUUUUAUUUCAGACUAUCUUUUAAUUAUCAGUAUCACUGUAGUUCUUACUUUUCUACUUGGAAUUAUUUUUCUUAUUGUUUAUUAUGGGAUUUUUCACCCAAAUAGAAGUGGAGAAAAGAAACCGGAUCACACUGAUGGAAAACCAGUUCAAAGAGAUUGUAGAAUGAGGUAUUUCCUAAUGGAAUAAGCUGUUCAUUUAUGAAAUAUGUUUUCUUAUUUUGUGUUUCAUUGGUUAGUAAAAAAAAAACUUGUUGUGUGUGUUUUGUCUAUUAUUUCUGUUGUUGUUGCUGUUGUUCGGUGUAGUUGAGUCAAUUCCGACUCACAGCAAACCUAAGUACAACACUGCCUGGUCCUGCGCCACCCUCACAAUUGUUGCCAUGCUUGAGCCCAUCAUUGCAGCCACUGUGUCAAUCCACCUUGUUGAGGGUCUUCCUCUCUUUCACUGACCCCCUACUUUAC